AGAAGAGGAUCUUGAGAGCGUGAAAUUCAAGCUCCAUCUUUCUCCAAGGUUGGGGUUUAUCAGCAGCACCGAAAUCACACACAGAGACGGCUACCAAUCAACAAUGGUGGAAUCUACAGUCCAACAGAGCCGAUCGAGGGACCUCGACAAGCUCCUCCUCCGACCCGGCAAUCUCAUCGGAUCCAACUUCGAACCCGGCCCAGGACUGAGAGAUGACCUGAAGGAGUACGUCAGGGUGUUGGUGGUCGGGGCCGGUGGCUUGGGCUGUGAAUUGCUCAAGGACUUGGCUCUUUCUGGGUUUCGAGAGCUCGAGGUCAUCGACAUGGAUCGCAUUGAGGUCACUAACCUCAAUCGUCAGUUCCUAUUCAGGCUUGAAGAUGUGGGAAAGCCCAAGGCUGAGGUGGCGGCGAAACGAGUGAUGCAAAGAGUUACUGGGGUUAAUAUCAUUCCCCACUUUUGCCGGAUUGAGGACAAAGAGCUUGACUUCUACAGCAAUUUCAGCAUUAUUGCUCUUGGUCUCGAUUCGAUUGAGGCUCGCAGCUACAUCAACUCUGUUGCUUGUAGCUUUCUUGAGUAUGAUGCUGAUGAUAAACCACUAGAAGAAACUGUCAAACCUAUGGUAGAUGGUGGGACUGAAGGUUUUCAAGGACAUGCUAGGGUCAUUAUGCCAGGGAUGACUCCAUGCUUUGAGUGUACAAUCUGGCUUUUCCCCCCUCAAGUGAAGUUUCCUUUAUGCACACUUGCAGAAACCCCUAGAACUGCUGCUCAUUGUAUUGAAUAUGCUCACCUAAUUAAAUGGCAUGAGGUACAGAGUGGAGAGACUUUUGAUCCAGAUGACCCUGGUCAUAUGAAGUGGGUAUACGAUGAGGCUACCAAGAGAGCUGAGCUAUUUGGUAUUCCAGGAGUUACAUUGUCUCUCACUCAGGGGGUUGUGAAGAACAUCAUACCGGCUAUUGCUUCCACAAAUGCGAUUAUAUCAGCUGCAUGUGCACUAGAAACAUUGAAGAUUGCAUCUGGAUGCAGUAAAACUCUAACGAACUAUCUAACGUAUAAUGGUGCACAAGGUCUCCACACGAAAGUGACAGAGUUUGUCAGGGACAAAGAAUGUCUUGUAUGUGGGCCAGGUGUUCUAAUUGAGCUGGACACCUCAGUUACUUUGGAAAAGUUCAUUGAGCUACUUGAAGAACACCCUAAAUUGCUGUUGUCAAAAGCAAGCAUUGCGCAUAGAGGGAAGAAUCUGUACAUGCAAGCACCACCUGUACUGGAAGAGAUGACCAGAUCAAACUUAAGCAAGUCUCUCUAUGACCUAAUGGGAAAAAUUCCCAAGGAUGUUGUCCAUGCUACUGGUACUACUGACAAGAACGACAAAAAGACUUCGGUUGUGAGAAAGUUACGAGUUGCUUUCAAGGGAGUUGAUGGAAUUACAGAUAUGGAGACUGCAGCAGGCGGGGCAUGAGUUUAUAUUAUUUAUACUGCAACAUCUAAUCCGACGCCAGGACUUUUUUUUUUAACUUUAGAAGAUUGUCUAUUCUCUAUAAUGGUUGAAGCGAGCACACAAUUCGGUGAGGCAAAGGUUGAUUACCAUUCGGACCUGUAAUUUUUUGUUUCUGAAGUCAUCUAAGAAAGCAUCAGUAAUUUGAUUGAUGGCUUGGAGAUAGCAAUGAGAUUUUACUGUUCUCAGGUGCUUUCAGUAAUCAUUUUGAUGAAAAAUGCAGGGCUUUUGUC